AUGGAGGUUUGGUUACCUAUAGCGGACUCAGAUUAUUAUACAUCUAAUCUUGGACGUAUUAAAAAUAAAAAAGGUACAAUUUUAAAAGGUCAUAUUCAUAGAGGAGGUUAUAUACGAACAGAUUUUAAUAUUAAUGAAAAUCGUACACAAUCUUAUCUUCACAGACUAGUCGCAGAAACAUUUAUUCCUAAUCCAGAAAAUAAGCCUUUUGUUAAUCAUAUUAAUGGCAUUAAAACUGACAAUCGGAUAGAUAAUCUGGAAUGGGUCACUCCAAAAGAAAACACCCAACAUGCUGUAUGUAUUGGACUUCAAAAACAAUAUUCUGUUAAACAGAUUUUUAAUGAUGGAUCUUUUCGAGAAUUUCCAUCUAUAGCUGAAGCACAGCGUGUAACUAAAACUUAUCAUAUUUCAGAUGUAUGUCGUGGACUUCAAACAUAUGCUGGGGGGUAUCGCUGGGAAUAUAUUGAUUUAGCAAUACACAAUAAGAGUUGA